ACGCUUGGAUCAAAAAUUGCAUGAGGAAUUGGAUCAAAAAUUGGUUCUGAGAAAAAAAAUGAAGAAGUACGGUUUACAGCUUAGGGUUCCACCGUCCCAGCAGAAAAAGCCGGUGACAAGACCGCCGCUCCCUCCUCCUCGAGGCUUCCAGGAAGACGACGAUGAUGACGUGGAGAAAGAGAUUUCCCGGCAAGCUAGCAAGAACAAAGCUCUCAAGGAGGUAGAGGAGCAACAUAAGAAAGCUUUAGAAGAAGAUCCUUCCGUGUUUGAUUACGAUGGAGUUUACGAUGCGAUGAAAGAGGAGGUUGUUCGCCCCCGUGCUCAAGAUCACGAAGAGCGAAAGCCAAAAUAUAUUCUUAAUUUAAUGAAGAAAGCGGAGCAACGAAAAUGGGAGCAGGAGAUAGUAUACGAGAGGAAGCUUGUGAAAGAGAGAAGUAAAGAGGAUCACCUUUAUGCAGACAAGGAUAAGUUUGUGACCAGUGCCUACAAGAGAAAGCUUGCUGAGCAGGCAAAAUGGAUGGAGGAGGAGCGCUUACGACAACUUCGAGAGGAGAAAGAGGAUGUUACCAAGAAGAGUGACUUGAGUGAUUUUUACUUCAACCUCGGUAAAAAUGUUGCAUUUGGGGCAAACGAAGCAAAGCCAAGAAAGCCUGAAUUAAGGGAACCUGAGAAAGAGAAAGAGAAAGAAGUAUUAAACAGAGUAAACCCAUUGCCUGACUCAGUUUCUCCGGAGUCAUCUGCUGUGAUCGAUCGGACUCGAGAUGAAUCAAGUUUUCGAGAAAUAUUUGAUUCCCGAGAUUCAAAGCCAAUAACUGAAGAUACAGUUCCAGACACCGCAGUGCAAGAGACCACUUCAGAGAAACAACCAUCAGUUGAUCAACCAAAAAGUGACCAUCACAAAAGAGGUGCGGAUGCUGUUGCAGCAGCUAGAGAACGAUUUCUGGCACGAAAGAGGGCGAAAGAGCAAUGAUUGGCGACCUGCUGACCUCUAUCUGAUAAUGGAUUUACAGUGGUGAGAGAUUGAAAAAUCUUGAAAGACCUUUUUGUUAUACAUUAUGCAUUGCAAACAAGUUUGAGAAAAAGUUUUAAUUCUGUUCACUGAAA